CGUACGGAAAUAGACGUAUGGUGUCUUUCGAAAUGCGUCUUUCCGCGAACCGCGUACUUGCGUUACGUAACGAACCUUGACGGAAUUAGCGAUCGUGGCAAGUGGUCGCAUUGGGAAUGCAAAAUAUUUGCCCCGUUAGGCAAAUACCUCUGAUACCGUUUCGAUCGGUGUCAGAGUCCUUUUAUUUUCCGGUCGAUUUGUACAAUUCGAGCGUGCAGGAACUCAGGACGCGUUUUACCCUUCGUGUCUCGUUUAUCCUUACGGGAGACGAAAGUACGACAAAAGGCAUUUUAAUUGUACGAACGGCGCCACAAGUGUCCGUUUCCUGUUAGUACGUACACCGUCGAAACGGCCAAGUCGUACGCGUGCGCGUGCUUGCGCCAGAUCCUCGUUGCACGCGUGCACGCGUCGCGUGCAGGCGGCUGCAGUUCCCGCACGAGCCUCGUUCGCGUUAUCACCGCGCUCCAAAAUCGACUUUCCACCGAAAAUCCACUGCGGACCCGCGAAUGCGCGAACGUUUCCGCUUUUGCGUUUAUCUCGUCCGGGCGUUAUCGAAGCACCGACGUCAAACGCUCUCGUGGUUCUUUUGCCCGUACAGUGAUUUCACGAACCACCGGCACAAAUAAACGUUGGUCGCCGCGAAUCGCGUCGAGCGUUUCGCGCGCGAGUCUAUCUGACGCGCACCAGGGAGGAGCUCGAAAUUCCCAUACGGCCGGAACGACCACUCGGGAAUGAUGAUGUACAAACAGGCGGAGUUCGAGGACGAGGACAGUAGCAUCGGUUCCGUGGCUCUGAAUAGCGACGGGAUCAGCACCUCUGCGACGCACAUCAGAUACCGCUCGGGAACUUCGUUGUGGAGAGCGAGGAGCGCGCUGGAGAAGUGUCUCUUCAUUGUGUGCGCCGGCUUGCUGUUGAUGAUUGUGAUGCUGUCGAUAGUGAUCGGCAGCGAGAACGGGUGGAACGAGAAGCAGAUACUUCGGGUGACUUCGCACGAGGAAGAUGGUACACACUGUUUGACCGAGCAUUGCGUAACCGUGGCUGCAUCCAUCAUAAACGGCAUAGAUCGCACGGCCGAUCCCUGCCACGAUUUUUACGAGUACGCGUGCGGUGGUUGGAUCAAGAGAAAUCCUAUACCUGACGGGAACAGCAUGUGGGGAACGUUCGGCAAGCUCGAGCAAGAAAAUCAGCUGGUGGUGAAGAACGUUCUUGAGAAACCGUUCAGCGAGAUGAUUUCUAAAGCGGAGAAGAAAGCGAAGUACUAUUUUCUGUCGUGCAUGGACGCCAACGAUACGAUCGAAGCACGCGGUGCGAAGCCGAUGUUGGAUCUGUUAGAUACCGUUGGCGGCUGGAACAUCUCCGGGAAAUUCAAUCUUAGCGCCUGGUCGUUGCAAAACAGUAUGCACAUCCUGCAAAACGUCUACAACAUGGACGGUUUGUUUACGUGGGCGGUGAACGAAGACGAUCGAAAUAGCACCAGACACAUUAUACAAAUCGAUCAGGGAGGUCUAACGUUGCCGACCGCGGACAAUUACUUGAACGUGACGGAGCACGGUAACGUGCUGGUUGCCUAUUUGGAGUACAUGACAAAGAUCGGCGUGCUGCUAGGUGGUGAGGAGAAUUCGACGAGAAAACAGAUGCAGCGAGUGAUCGAGUUCGAGACCAAGCUAGCCGAGAUCACGACGCCCAUGGAAGACCGCAGAGACGAGGAGAAGCUUUACAAUUUAAUGUCGUUGAACGAUCUUCAACGUAAAGCGCCUUUCAUGUCCUGGGUGGACUAUUUUCAAAACGCGACCCGUCUCGUCAAUAAGAAGAUCAACGGAAAGGCGAUGAUCGUGAAUUUUGCUCCGGAGUAUUUCGUUAAAUUGUCCAAGCUCGUUUUGGAAUACAACAAGACCGACGAAGGGAAAAUAGUAUUGAACAACUACCUAGUUUGGCAGACGGUCAGGUCUCUGACGGCCUACCUGUCCAAACCGUUCCGUGACGCGUACAAAGGUCUCCGGAAGGCUUUGAUAGGCUCGGAAGGUCGCGAAGAACAAUGGCGAUACUGUGUCAGCGACACGAACAACGCGAUGGGUUUCGCGAUCGGUGCGAUGUUCGUCAGAGAAGUGUUCCGUGGCAAGAGCAAACCCAUGGCGGAGGAGAUGAUCGAUCAGGUCCGCGAAGCGUUCACUAAGAAUCUCAAGAACCUCGAUUGGAUGGACGCUGAAACUAGGAAAGCCGCCGAAGAGAAAGCGAACGCUAUCACCGACAUGAUAGGCUUCCCCGACUUUAUACUGAACCCGGCCGAGCUAGACGAGCGUUACAGAGACUUGUUGAUCAGACAGAACGAGUACUUCGAGAACAACGUGCGAGUAAACAAGUACAACUUGCGAAAGAAUUUGGAGAAGCUCGAUCAACCCGUAAACAAGACUACGUGGAUCAUGACACCGCCCACGGUCAACGCUUACUACAGGCCUACCAAGAACCAAAUGGUUUUCCCGGCCGGUAUUUUACAGAGUCCCUUCUACGACAUGGCGAAUCCCAACAGCUUGAAUUUCGGCGGAAUAGGAGUGGUCAUGGGCCACGAGUUGACUCACGCGUUCGACGAUCAAGGCAGAGAAUACGACUUACACGGAAACUUGAAUCAGUGGUGGAACAAUGACACGAUCGAGAGGUUUAAAAAUAGAACCGAGUGUUUCGUGGAACAGUAUAACAACUUUGAGAUACAUGGCCGACGCGUAAACGGACGGCAGACUUUGGGAGAAAACAUUGCGGACAACGGAGGUCUUAAAGCGGCGUAUCACGCCUAUCUUGCAACCACGAAAAGCUACAAAGAUGAGCUGCUGUUACCCGGUCUCGGUUUCACUCAUCGUCAACUUUUCUUUCUGAAUUUCGCCCAGGUAUGGUGUUCCGCAGUGACAUCCGAAGCGAUAGCUCUCCAGAUCGAGAAAGAUUCUCAUUGUCCACCAAAGUAUAGGGUAAUAGGCCCGCUUUCGAACCUACCUGAGUUUGCUCCAGAAUUUCGCUGCCCGAAAGGCUCGCGAAUGAACCCGGUUCAUAAGUGCGAGGUAUGGUAACGCGCCGUUUCUUUCAUCCGUUUCCGGCGUAACGUUCCGUUUAAUUCGAUCGUCGAUACUGCGAAUCGGUCGUCGCGAACACUUUUCAACGCGCUUCCAUUUAUCCGAGCCAGGACCUCACACACACACAUUUUUCUCUUUCCCUUCGGCGUUUAUAUUUAGUGUCGAAUAUACCGUUACGUGUCACAUUUAACCGCGUCAUCGAUUCCGUUUCUACCGGACAAUUUUAUCCGACACACGGCGUCAACUUUUGCGGAGGUGUGACGUAUCGAAUUCGCUCUUCGUACGUUUGCCGGACAAACGUCAGAGGCCCGUCGUUUCGUGAGCUCCGGCUCGGAUACGAAACGUUUACCAACGAGUUAAGCUUCUUUGAGCUUUCGAACGAUGCGACGAGCUAUGUUGCGCGAUUUAGAAACACGUCAGGACCAUUCUGCGAGUCGUUACUCGUCUUAUACGGUUUCUCUAACUCGCAUUACGAAGCGUUUCCCACGACAUGACACGACACGACACUCGAAACGUUCCGUUUCACUUGAUUUAUAGUGAUUAUCAGAGACAGUUCGCGCGUCCGUUCAUCGAACUCGACCGACCCGAACCGACCCGACCGAUCGACCGAUCGACCGACCGACUAUAUCGCAAGCGAAAGCGUGAUUUUAUUGCGCGAACAGCCAUUUUUCACUUUUAUACGUGGAAUCAGUAUUAUUCGGUCUAUCCGUGUAUACGCAGUAGAAUGUAUCGAUCGUGUUUAGCCGUCUAGUUACCUUUCUAAAAGGUAGACGAAGGAGAAGCAAACGAGAUACAGAAAGAAUCCGUUAGAGACGAGGAUUUGACGCGUGGAUGUACCGCAUAGAUGUUCCAUUUGCUUUCUUUAUCCUUCGUUUGUACUCGCGAAAAAAAACAAGGGAAAGAAUCGUCGACGAUCUCGAUGAGCCUAAGAGAUUGUAAGCGGCCGGAAAACUGUAGCGUUAAAUCGUAAGAAGUUUAGUUUUAUAAAGAAACCGCGCGCUAGUUUCGGCGGUACGAUGCGUUUAACGUUACGAAUUGUUCGGGUAAAUAUUUUUCAACGUGCUGGUAAGCGUAUAUUUUGUGUCGCGAAGCUCGUCAACCGAGCUGGAAAGCUUCUUUUAUGGGCUAGAAAGUAUGUCAACGAUCCUACAUCAUGUAUUAGAUAUUAACUGAAUUGUCGUAUAAUUUAAGGAGUUAUUUUGUACAGAUAGGUAGCGAUUCUUCGCGCUUAUGUACCGUCGGGGAGGCGAGAUUACGGUGAAAAUUUUAUCCAAGUCUUAUCGAGAUGAAAGUUAGUUGGUGCAAUUUAGCUCAUUCUUCGAUGUAAGUACAACUUAAUCGAUACGGUGUUCGUUAACGGCGUACCAUCUCUGUUCUGGGUUGUUCGUCGAACAAUCGGUCGAUCAGAUUCCUUACGACCCUCCAUUGCGAACUGCUGGAGACAAGAACAAGAAUUUGGUGCGUCGAACGCGCGUUCAAAUGCGACAUCGCACAUUUCGAGCAGAUAGACUCGAUGUCAAUAAUGAUCGUGCUGUUUAUAGGACGCGCGUUUCAAUCAAAUAAAGAAACGAUAAAAACGACA